GACCCUUUUUCAUACCAGCCGCUGAAGGCUCUCAUUCACAGCCAAGGGGAGCUGUAAAAAAAAAAAAUAGGGCAAAGCAACCGUAGAGACUUUUUUUCCACCCCUCGCCAAAAAUAAAAAGAAGCGCACCGCGAAAAUGCGAUGCGCUCCCCCCCUCCGGCUCGCCAAGAGCUAGCUAGCUAUUUUCUCGCGGCUCCCCCUCGCAACCAUCACAGCUGCUAACAGAAACUUGCUGCAAAAGCCAAACAAACAAACAAAAAAUAAAAUACACCAUUUGAUCCUCCGAGUUGCAAGAAAAUAAAUGCGCCCAUCCAGCUAGAAAUAACCCCCGGGGCGUUCGUUCCUUAUUCUUUCACGCACCCCGCAAAAAAAAAAAAAAAAAAAAAAGGACUGGAGGGUUGUGCUCUGUCUUCACUCCCCCCAAAAAACUCAAGGCUUUUUCUAAGAGAAGAGACGGAGCCUUUUCUUGCCGCUUUAUGAAUGAAACUGACUGACUGCGCGGAGUAACGUUCCUGCCUUGAAACUAACAAGCUGAUGCACACACAAAACAAACAGCACCAGGAACUGCUACGCUGCCUGAGACGGGUGUUUGGGGCUCCCUUCACAUGGACGCUUUCCCCACAUUGCUGAAACUGCCUGGAUUUCCAGCCAUGAGGAAGCGAAGCACUGGGGCUUCUUGUCAUGUGCCUCUCUGGCUAAAACGGUGGAAACAAACAAGCAAAUAAAAAAACCUGGGAAGGAAAAAAAAAAAGAAAGAAAACCUCAUCUACAACUGGACCCCUGGAAGAUCCUUCGCCCUCAGUCUACUUCCCCUGGAGAUUGUGGAUGGGCGAUACCUCUCUUGGCUAUGGGAUCAUAUCUGGUUUAUCACAACCUGGGCUUGAUCCUCUGCUGCUCCGUCUUGAGUUCUGUCUAUGCUCUGAUGGCUUCUGUCUGUCCGAGUGGGACGGCAUUGUCUGCUGGCCCGAAGGCGUGCCGGGCAAAGUGGUGGCCAUGCCCUGUCCCGACUAUAUCUAUGACUUCAAUCACAAAGGCCACGCCUACCGGCGGUGUGACAUGAACGGGAGCUGGGAGCUGGCGCCAGGCAACAACCGUACCUGGGCCAAUUACAGCGAGUGUGCCAAGUUCCUGACCAAUGAAACCAGGGAGCGGGAAGUCUUUGAUCGCCUCUAUUUGAUCUAUACGGUUGGCUACUCCAUCUCGCUGGGAUCCCUGACCGUUGCUGUCCUUAUCCUGGGGUACUUCAGGCGUUUGCACUGCACAAGGAACUACAUCCACAUGCACCUGUUUGUCUCCUUCAUGCUGAGAGCGGUCAGCAUCUUUGUGAAGGACGCGGUCCUGUACUCCGGGUCGGCGCUGGAGGAGAUGGAGCGGCUGUCUGAAGAAGACCUGAAGUCCAUUACCGAGGCCCCCCCGGCGGAUAAGUCCCAGUUUGUGGGCUGUAAGGUAGCUGUCACCUUCUUCCUCUACUUCCUGGCGACCAAUUACUACUGGAUCCUGGUGGAAGGGCUCUAUCUCCAUAGCCUCAUCUUCAUGGCCUUCUUCUCCGAGAAGAAGUACCUUUGGGGCUUCACGCUCUUUGGCUGGGGACUUCCGGCUGUGAUUGUCACCGCGUGGGCCAGCGUAAGGGCCACUCUAGCAGACACAGAGUGCUGGGACUUGAGUGCCGGCAAUUUGAAAUGGAUUGUUCAGGUGCCUAUCCUGGCAUCUAUUGUGGUAAAUUUUAUUCUCUUUAUCAAGAUUAUCCGAGUCCUCGCAACCAAGCUACGGGAGACCAACGCAGGGAGGUGCGAUACGAGACAACAGUACAGGAAGCUGCUGAAAUCGACCCUUGUCCUCAUGCCUCUGUUUGGAGUUCACUAUAUAGUCUUCAUGGCGAUGCCAUAUACAGAUGUGUCAGGGAUUCUUUGGCAAGUUCAAAUGCACUAUGAAAUGCUAUUCAACUCUUUCCAGGGAUUUUUUGUGGCCAUCAUAUACUGUUUUUGCAAUGGAGAGGUCCAAGCUGAAAUAAAGAAGUCAUGGAGCAGGUGGACUUUAGCCCUUGACUUUAAAAGGAAAGCACGAAGCGGGAGCACAACCUACAGUUAUGGACCCAUGGUUUCGCAUACCAGCAUCACUAAUGUAACCACCAGAGGAGCACUAGCCCUACAUCUUAAUACGAGACUUGUACCAGGUGCCCUCAAUGGACACCGAAAUUUGCCAGGCUAUGUCAAAAAUGGCUCCAUUUCCGAAAAUUCUGUGCCUUCUUCUGGGCCAGAGCAGUACAACAAAGAAGAGGAGUACCUAAAUGGCUCUGGACUUUACGAUGGAGACAGACCCACGGUACUUAUUGAAGAAGAAAGAGAGACCGUGAUGUAAACAAAGAAGAUGUUUCCCAGAUAGAGCAUUUAAAUGGGCACAAGAAUGCCAGGCCUCACAUUGGAUGCCAAGGGUUUUCAGAUAGUUUCUCUGUGCUGUGGAGCAAGAGAACAACUUAUAUGGGAAAAGCGGACCACAGAUGUGGCCGGAUGCUGAUCAUACACAUUUACUCAGUGGUCUGGUCUCCAAGGUGUUAAUGAAGGCAGUCUAUUGCAGACCUGUGGGUCUUGUGACCUGUUGAACAAUGGGAAUAUUCAGAGUUUACAAGGGGAUGUACACAUCUGUAGUUUCACCUCUCGGAGAAUGUCCCCAGCACAAAGAUGCGGGGAAUUCAACCCAGUGAAGCAAGACUGUCUGGUGAGGAACGUGACCCGCCAUUUUCUUCUACUGGUGCAAGCUGCCCCAGGGCAUUGCCAUCACGGCUUGGUUAGGUUUUGGUUUUCUCAUUCAUUUUACAGAAAUCUAGCCACCCGGCAGUCACUCAGGCCAAAGCUGAGUGCCAGGGGCCAUAUGUGACAGUCCAAGAACACAGCCCAGAUAGCUCUGGUGUUUUAUGGUUUUUCCCCUUUGUUAUAAAAUCCAACACUCGGGGGUCAUUCUGUGCCCGUUCCCUCGAGAACGAUCUUAUUUCUCAUUCCUUGAUGAUGCAGCAUGCUUUGGUGGUAAAUGACUCACAGCUGCUAGAUGCAAGUGCAUAAUGGGCUCCCCGUUCUUCUACCAGAGCCCAAAGAACAAAAGAGAAGCCAGUACAAUCCCAGGAUUAAAAUGCAAGUAUCAGAAUGUAGCUUGUCUAACCUUAACAAGAGGCCCACUCCGUCCACUUUUAAGAGGGUCGAGAUGGAAAGGAAAGUUUGCAGAUGCCUUGGCGUGUGUGUCUGUGUGAAUGCAUAAAGUCAACUCAAACCUUUCUUUCUUUCUUUCUUUCUUUCUUUCUUUCUUUCUUUCUUUCUUUCUUUCUUUCUUUCUUUCUCAGGAAAAUUAUUUUGUUUUUAAUAUCUUUAAAUCAUUUUUCAUUCUCACCUCUGUAUUUCCUGCUUCCCAUUGGGUCUGGACAGGCCAAACUAUCCGGUGAGGGACUGUUAGCCCUGGUCUACACUAGGGCAUUAUUUCAAAAUAACCUCUCUUAGGUUGAAUUUAUAAGCAGAGUGUUCACACUACCAAGCUCGUUAUUUCGAAACAACGGCCGCUUAUUUCGAAAUCCGCACUCCUGCUUUCCUCGGACAGAGCCAAGGUAUUUGGAUAGUUUGGAAUUCCAGACUUCUGGGUGUAUGGCUGAGCUUGCCAAUUUUUUUUGUGGUUUAACCAUCAAUGAUACACUCGUGUGCAUGCAGGCACACACACACACACGGCAAGCCAGAUGCUCAGCUGGUAGAAAUGGCUGUGUGCAAUUGUAGCUCCAUGGAAGUUAUUGAAAUGACCUAUUGAGAUUAAGUGUCUGGGCAUCACAGUGAUUGGCCAAAAAGGGAAAACGGUAAGACAGAGUCUGCAUGAAAGGCCCAAAAAGGGAUCGGGAAAAUAUUUUCACCGUCUACCAUUUCCCUUGCUGGUGGAGUCGGUUGUUGUCCUACGGUCACCAGGCUGUUCCUGUUCCAGCAUGGUUGUACUUUCAUCUGACAUGCCAGCUAAGCAGCAGUAAAAUGUAGGGGUUAGAUCUUCGGCUGCUGAAAAUUGGCCUUGCCUCACUCAAGCCAUUUCACACCAGCUGAGUGAAUCACCUUAUAGCUUUGUUGAUGACUUUGCAUGAUUUAGAGCCACGAGAGGACAAUGAAAGCUGCCAUUCCAAUGUGUGUAUCCUCACGGCCUCCCUGGGGGAAAUCUGGCUGAGACAGAUGCCAUUCCUUCUUGGGUUCCCAGUGGUCCUGGGCGAGCUAUGAUUUCAAAGCCUCCAUCCUGCCCAUAAUAAUACAUUUGGGAAGUGCUUCCAGUAUGUUGAAUCAUUUUGAGCCCCUAUAGGUAUCGCCUGGCUACAGUCAAAACACAGUCAGAAAAAGGUGUCAUGGCAGAACGCAAAGACCUGGUGGAGACCCACCAAUUCGCCUCUCUGAUAGUCAACUCUUUGUUCCGCUCUUUCACAGAGGCGCUAGUGGAGUUUGCUGGCUGGUGACUCAGAGAUAGAUCUGGGCCCCCAGAGCUGUGCUAAUGAACCCACUGUUCUUCUCAGGCCAUACGGGCCUUUCAUACCCAAAGCUCCAGUGUUGAUGGAAUCGGAUAGGACUUUAGGAAGAACCGUGGGUAGCUUGACUCCCCCUUAAGUGUCCUGUACCUGCCUUUGAACCACCUCUCAGGUUAAGGCCUGAUCCAAAGCCCAACCAAGUCCUUGGAAAGAUGCUUGACUUAGAUGGGCUUCAGAUCAGAACCUGGGAUAGGGAAUGUGAUGCCCCAGAAAGUGCCCCCUCUGUGUCUCUGAAGGAACCGCACCCCCCAUUUCAGGUAUAAAUAAGGCAAAUCUCGGAAGGUGACGAUAUUUAUUUUUGACGUUUCUUUUUGUUUUGUGUGGUGAGAAGAAGUCCAAGUAUUCUUAGCAAUUUACCACCGAGAGGCAGCUAUUGAAAUAUCAGGUCUCCCAAGGGUGAAUCAGUUUGGUUUUGGGGUUGGGUUUUUUUUUAUAAUACUAUGCAGAAAUUAAGUAAUCUCGCAAGGAAAAAUGGACUGAGUGAAAGUCUAGCACUGAGAGCAAGCCAGUGAAAUCUGGAUCAGUGUGAAGUGCUUACUGCUUGCAUCUUCGACAUAGAUGCUGGCAUAGUUUCUGGAGGGAAUUGGAGGAAACGGAAAUUAUUGUCAGUCCGCCCAUCAGCACGUGUACACUUGAGUUACUUAGCAUCUCAUUCAGUCAAGUUGUCGACGUGUGAUCCCCAAUCAAGAGAGGGAUGCAUUCAGUGUGCUGGCUCUGAUUUUCCAGCCCUUGCAUGGACCCUUUCCGUCAGUUCCCAAGGGACACAUGUUUUGCUUAAAACCUACCAAGUGCUCCACUGGUGACUGAAUCACUCAAAGAAAGAAAUUACUUAGCAACGCUUCCUGCCUGGUGAUUCGUUAUUCACUCGUGUUGGCUGAAAACAGCUUGAGAUUCAUAAUGUGUUUGGAAAUCAGUUAGUAAAGUUCAAGGAAUUAUCAAGAGCCAUGAAAUUAAUUUAUUUGUAAAGAUGACAUGUAUAAUAAAUAAAUGUAAAUUUGUCACUGGA